CAAAAGAGAUAAGAGAGCAAAGGUAUCCACACAACUCAAAAGGGAAGGAAGAAGGAGAGCAGUCCGCAGGUUUUUUCUUUAGUGCGAAGCUCUUACUGUUCGAGCCAUAACUUGAGAUUUACUAGUCCAAUUAAGGCGUAUAAGGUACCAAAAGAAAGCUCUCAAGACGAGGAAUCCGUGGAGGUCUGGUUUGCAUCAAUCGGAGUAGUGGAAGGCUUCCAGAUUGUCCGAACAAAACGCAACCUCGCAGAACACAGUUUUGUAUUCAAAGAAACGAGUUAACCGGAAAACACCCGUUCUAGGGACUGUUUUCGUGUCAUUCGGUUAGGAGUGGAGCUGGCAGCUGGAGGAGGCUGUUUAACACUCAUUUCUAAGCAAGGAAUCAGUUCUAAAUCAACCUUGACCAAAGCCUUGACCAUUGGAUCAAGAAGGAAAAGUUUAAAGCUCAAUUAAGGUUGAGGCUAGAGCUUGCAUCCUGUGCUCGUUGAUCGAGUGAUUCCUCGGAGAGAAGACUUGAAAUGGACCGUGGUGGCAGGAUUACUAGGAGAAACCCGACCGGCCAUGUACCAGUGGAGACUGGACAGGGCAGUCGAAGGACCUCUAGGGCAUCUAGAGGAGCUGGCCGUGGAGGCCGAUCACAGACCGUGAGUGACGGUCAUGUCGACACGGAAAGUGAAACCUACUGGUCCUAUGAGGACUCGACCUAUCGACCGGAAACUGAACCGGUUGAGACCCCUUAUGAAGGGGAUGAUGAUGAUGUAAGUGAUGAGGAGGAAAAUGGCUCCUUAGCACGGAUUGAAGCACUACUUCAACAGUACCACCGUGAGCGUGAGGAGAGGAGGGAACGCCGAAGGCGCCGAGCUGGGCAGCCUUCGGGCGGGGCUUCAAGAGGGGGAAGCCAUGGCGACUCUAGGGCCCACAUUGAACCAUAUGGGGGUCGGGGUGAUGGGGGUCCAAUCAUAAGGAUCUCCAAAUACAUCAAAGAGGCACGAGACUUGGGGUGCAAACCGUUCGAUGGGACGGGUGACAUCUCCGUUUCGGCACAAUGGAUUAAACGGCUGAAUGAGGCAGCCCUGGACAUGCAACUCACCCCCGAAUAUAAACUAAGGGUUGCGGUGAGAUUGCUUGAAGGUAUGGCAUCCAAGUGGUGGGAUGGGACCAAAGGCAAAUAUGGCGAGACCGUCACUUGGGAGAAUUUCCGACAGGAAUUCUUUG